UCAUUAUACACUCUUGCCUUAUAUAUUCUGCGCAGAAGUUGACUAUCUUGUCUAUUCGGCUGGUGCACCUUUCCACGGCAUUGAAACGGAUUUACCAGAGACGAUAUCGGAAGAAGUAAGAGCAUAAACGGAUACUUUGAAAUAUGAUGAAGACCACCUUGAUCUUGUUUAUACUGGCUGCGUGCGCAGUCAUUGCCUGUGUGUGCGAGGAUAACGUGCAUUCUCGCGAGAAGAGGAAUUUUUUUCAGUUUGGCAGGAUGAUCAAGAGGCGUACGGGAAGAUCUGCCCUGGAUUAUAACGGUUAUGGUUGUUGGUGUGGUCUGGGAGGAAAAGGAACACCUAAAGACGGAGUGGACAGAUGCUGCCGCGCCCAUGACUACUGUUACGAUAGACUUAUCAAAAGCGGAUGUCGCAGUCCAGUGUGGAACUCCUACAGAUACACUCUGCGCUGGGGAAUAUAUUGUUAUCGCGGAGGAAAUGACCGCUGUGAACUGGGAGGGUGUAGAUGUGACAGAACAGCGGCGUAUUGCUUCGCCAGGAACACCUAUCACAAUAAGUACAAGAACUGGAAAGGAAGCUGUUAGAUGAUUGGCCACGUCUCUGGUUACUCUACAUCCGGGCAUUUACCUUGAAUGUCUUACUCAAUCUGAAAAUAGACUUGAAAAGAACACAAUUUAAAAUAUUGCGCUUCCCAUUUACGGUAUAGUGUUUAUGUAUACUCUAAUUUUGUGGUAUAAAUUAUAUAAAAAUAUAUCCUGCUGAAAUGUCACGAACCAUUUGAAAUGGAAUUUUGGAUAGAGUAAUGAAGCAAUUUUAAUAAACUUCUCAGAGCAACUUCAGUUUUAUGCGCCUUUAAUUCCGUCCAAGAAAGU